CUCUUAACCGGGCGAUUGGCCAGUGAUUCGUUUAAAAAUAAUGAUGAAAUGCAACAGAAUUAGAAUUAGGAUUUGGGAAAGGAAAAAGACAACAUUAUCCAUCCCUGAACAGAGAAACAAGCCAUAAAAUAAAAAAGAACCAUCCCAAUUAUAAUCAGGCGCUACUCAUAAUAACUAAAAGCUGUGGAUAGGUGUGAGGUCAAUGGUGUGCCGGAUGCAGCUCAUACUGACUCUCACAAAGCAUUUACACCUUGCAAAUCAACAUUUGUUAGCAGAAAGAAGAGGUAGUCAUAGCAAAUAAGCUAAACAAUGACAACCUUAAAGUACAAAGUUUCAGAAGAUGGGAAAGGACCAAAGAAGACUUUUGCUCCACCUAGAAAAAAAGCCUGCACUGUGAUCCCUUGCUCUUCAGAUGCCCCCAACAAUGAAGAUGCUCAAGGAAUCGGGCUCCCUGGGGUAGAUGCCAGCCAAGGCCAGCCAAAAGAAAAGACACAGAAGAAAAAGGAAAAAGUCACAAGAAAGAACUCAGGAAGUGACAAAGAGGGGAAGGGGCCCCUAGCUACCAAGACUAGCAAAGAACAGGAUGCUAAAGGAGAUGAGAGGAAAACAGAUAAGGAGACAACUAGUCUCACCAAUGAACAGUUUGAGGAGAUUGUCCAGUGCGUGCUUAAGAAGUCCCUGCAGGAGUGCCUGGAUAUGGCCUGUGAGACUUCAUGUGUUCAACGCAUUGAAUGUUCCCCAGGGGCAAAGGAGACAAGUAUUAAUACUGCUACUACUGAUGUGGAUAGGAAACUGCUGGGGACACCUCAUCCCUCCAGAAUCCCUGUGUCUAAAGAGGAUAUGAUUGUUCCUGAGACCCAGUCACCCCAGUUAGAUCCUUUACCCUCUGAGAAGAAACAGAACAUACUUUCCUUAAGCAAGAAAAGAAAAGAAGCAAAAGAUGAAAAAACUGAGUUAACCAAAAGGAGUGGUAAGCACAGACGUAAAGGCCAACCAAAGAAAAUAGUGCAAGGCUACACCCAGAUCAGUGAUCAGGAAGAAGCUGGAGGAGAAGGGACAAGUGAUUUCAGUCAGUGUAUAGCCUGGGUGCAGUGCUCCUUCCCCAACUGUAAAAAGUGGAGACAACUACGUGGGAACGUUGACCCCUCGGUCCUGCCAGAUGACUGGUCAUGUAGUCAAAAUACAGAUUUACAGUUUAACCAUUGUGACAUUCCUGAGGAAACCUGGUCAGGCUCUGAGAGUGACGUGGUUUAUACUUCCUACAUGCCAGGAUCCAUCAUCUGGGCCAAGCAGUAUGGUUACCCCUGGUGGCCGGGAAUGAUUGAAUCAGAUCCUGAUCUGGAAGAGUAUUUUCUCUUUGCCUCUCAACAAGAUGUCCUGCCUUUCAAGUACCAUGUGACAUUUUUUGGGGACACUGCUUCUCGAGCCUGGAUCCCUUCCAGCAUGUUGAAGAACUUCCAGGAGCUGUCCCUGGAACAGGUUGAACUGAAAAGAAUCAGGAACAAAGACUGUAGCCAGAAGCUGAUGGCAGCCCUAGUAAUGGCCCAAGAGGCCCAGCGGAUCAGUAUUCAGGAUCGAGUUAAUUUGUUUGGUUUCCACACCCGAUAUAAAGAGAAUGCAGCAGGGUCCAGCAGCAGUGAGGAGGGAGGAGACUUAAUUUUCCAAGAGGCUAGAAAGCCCCAGAGGGUUGGAAGCUCAAAUUCUGAUAUUUCCAAGGAAGAAAACAAGGAAACCUCUUCAACUAACUGCAAUCCAGCACACACCUCCAAGAAGAAACUCAAACUAAAAGGUGAAAGGCCAGCUGGAAAUAAGACAUACAUUUGGGUCAGCAAGGGAGCCCCAGACAGGAUGCAGGCAGAAACAAUAGAGGGAUACCCAGAUGAGGAAGAUGAGACCCCUAGAAAGAAGAAAAAUAAGAGAUCCCCUUCACAAGACAACACCUCAGUGGAGAGAGAAGGAAGCAGUGGGAAUUCACAGCCUGCCCAGCCAGGCCUUAAGAAAAAAUUUACAACUCCCCAAAGAAAGACCACAACAGUGACCAGACUUCCUGGGAGAGGAGGAGAUAGAGCUCCCCAAAACCAGUCCCCACCAACCCAAAGUCCAGCCUGGCCCCUCGUGGAGGCAGGAAAAAAGAGUGAUCCCCAAUGGUCACCAGUACUGAUGUCCAGGAACCCUCUCCCUGAGAGUAAGGCCUCCAGUGACCUGAACCUAGAACAGCUCAUGGAACAAGUUAGAGAAGGGAUUAACCAAAAAGAGGAGCAACAGGCUCACAAAGAAGAGGAAGAUGAGAUCUCUUUGAGUUUAUCUGAGGAGUAGUUGUGUGUAACUUCAUCACUCAUUCUUCCCUCCCUCCUCAGGAACUCCCUAACUCUUUUAAAGUGGGUUGGAGGUGGAGGGAAAUCCUUCUAGCAAAUGUUACUGAAAAGUUUUUAUUUGUUAAUGUUGUG